AUGUCACUGAGCCCAUCACAGCAAGAUGCUCUCCAUCAGCUCCUAGCAGUGACCGCUUCCUUCACGCCCGCACAAAAGGAAAGAGACGAGAGGUUGUUAAGAGAGAACGGAUGGAAUGUGCAGGCAACGGUCGAACAGAUAUUCUCACUUGGCAGCUCAGCAGCCGAUGUACCCAACGACGCUACUUCAUCUUCCACCCGUUCCUCUCUUAGCGGAUCAGGCUCUAGACCGAUAACAUCGAGAUUGGAAGUGGAAGAUCAUCCCCUUUUACCUAGGCAGCCAGUGGGUACGAGGCGACUGUCCGGGUCUCAGAGAUCACCCAGAUCUCCCGGUGGACCCGGUACGUCCGGUGUGGGGUUGGGCUUAUGGGGUCUAGUCAUUUGGCCUGUAUCUAUCGUUUGGGGUAUAGUAGGUGGUAUAUGGUAUUUCAUAAUUCGUACCUUCGUACCAUUAUCAUUAUUACCUCGACUCCCUUCCUUCCUUCUCCCACCCUCCCAACCUUCUUCCUCAACUUCGGGCAACCUCAGACCAGCUCAAGAUCCCACGACGACGAGUCUAAGAUUCAUCAGAGACCUGGAGACUUACACUCGAUGUUCGUCUUCUCAAGGUAAUCUACCCGACUUCUACAUCGGUCCAUAUAGGGAAUUCGUCCAACAUCUCAGGAAAGAAGGCAAAUUAGGCUUGGUAGUGAUCGUCAGUGGCGAACAUGAGAAUGACGAGGAGUUUAAGAAGGAUGUAUUGACCGAUGAGGAGUUUGUGAGAACUUUGAAAGAGAAGGAUAUAGUAGUUUGGGGUGCUGAUCUAAGUAGCAGAGAGGGAUAUCAGGUCGCCCAAACCCUCCUUCUCACUACCUAUCCCUCUUUGACCUUUCUGUCUCUCUUACCAGUCCCGAACUCUUCUACACCCAAACUUACCAUCCUUACUUCCCUGAGCGGCUCUCCUUCGACAACCACCAGCACAUCCAAUAUCCUUCAAACGUUGACCACCACAAUCUUACCCAGAGUGACACCGUUCCUCAAUCGACUCAAGAGGGAGAGAUUAACAUUAGAAGAAGCCAGACAUCUUCGUGCAGAGCAAGAUAGGGCAUUCAGAGAGGCCGAAAGAAGAGACAGGGAAAAGAUGGAGUUACAAAAACAGAAAGAGGAAUUGGAGAAAAUAAAACUACAAAGGAUUCAACGUGAAAAAGAAGAAAAAGCGAAAUAUAAAGAGAAUCAAAAGAUAUGGAGAAAAUACGCUAAAAGGCAUUUGUUACCUUCCAUUUUGUCUGCCUCCGCUAGGGAUGGUACAGUGAAAGUAGCUAUAAGGACACCGUUAUCUUCUGAAAGACAUAUAAAGAAUUUCAAAGUUUCCAAUUCAACUUUGGACUUGUUCGUCUUUAUCGAAACGCUUUUAGUCGAUGAUGACGACGACGAGGUAGUUGACCAACCUCCAAAAGGAUUCGAAGAUGAUAAGUUGGAGAAUAUCAAUUGGGAAUUUGAUAUCAUUACUUCUUUCCCUAGGAAAGAGAUCGAACCUACUACAGUGAAUGGCGAAGAAUUCUGGAAGAUUAUCAAAAAUGCCGGGGGAGUUUUGUUCGUGGAGAGAAAGAAUGGCAGCUCCUGGGGAAUGAGGGAUGGUGAACGAGGUGACGAUGAAGAGAGUGAUGAAGAGGAGAUCAUCGAUUAA